GCCUCCUUCGGCGUUGCCACAUCCCCAUCAAACCACCCGCAAUCAGUCAAAGUUGGACAUCAAACUCAUACAAUAAACAUAAACAAUGGAAGAUCUGGUGGCCAAGUGCGUAGUGCGGCUCGAAGUGAACGAAAGCGCAGGGGCCCAGGGGGCGGAGGCGUUGCAGGACAAGGGCAGGGGCCAGCGGCAGGCGCAUGAAAUCAGCGUGGAGACGUUCCCCAGUCGGCUGGAAGGGGCUCGCGACGACUGGGGCCUGCUGCCGCUGUCGUCGCGCGAGCAGACCCCCAUGACGGAGGCGGAGCCGCUGGCGGACCCCAGCGGCGAGAUUGGCUUCUUCAGCGGCAACCCCUUUGUGGAAGUCACCAAGGGCAUCCUCCACCUCUACAAGCAGGAUGCGAUGAGCAGUCGCCAGGAGGCGCUCACGCUGUGCCUCAUUGGGGUGCCCUGCUCGAUGACCUGCCACGACAUUCUGGGGUUCACCGCCCCCUGCCACGGGGCCAUCGCCCACAUCCGGGUGUUCCGGGACUCGCUGCCCAAUCAGUACAUGUGUUUGCUCACAUUCCGGGAGCACGAGGCCGCUGUGGAGUUCUACGAGACGUACAACGGCGCCCCGUUCAGCAGUCUGGAGCCGGAGCGGUUGUGCCGCAUUGUGUGGGUGUCCAAGGUGGAGUGGGCGCAUGAUGGGCUGCCGCCCCCCGGGCACACGGAGCUGCCCACAUGCCCAGUCUGUUUGGAGCGCAUGGACGAGUCAGUGGACGGGGUGCUGACGAUUCUGUGCAACCACGCCUUCCACGCCAGCUGUCUGGAGAAGUGGGGCGACACCACCUGUCCAGUCUGCCGCUGCGUGCAGAGCCCCGAGCAGGCCGAAACGUCCGAGUGCGACGAGUGCGGCAAACAGGCCGCCUCCCGCGACGCCCUCUGGAUCUGCCUGAUUUGCGGCCACGUGGGCUGCGGGCGGUACCUGAGCGGGCACGCCGCCUCCCACUACCGUGAAACCAGCCACUGCUACGCCCUGCAGGUGGGCUCGCACCGCGUCUGGGACUACAAGGGCGACAAUUUCGUGCAUCGCCUGCUGCAGAACAAGGCCGACGGCAAACUGGUGCCGGCCGAAGGCCCCGCCUCCGAGGCGGAGCACGCGCAGGAAAAGGUCGACUCCGUCCAACUGGAGUUCACCUAUUUGCUCACCUCCCAGCUGGAGGAGCAGCGCAUGUACUUCGAGAACAAGCUGGCUGUCACGGAAAGCGAGCUGUUCAAGGAGAUCGACCAAUUGCAGGACGACGUGCUGGCGCUGUCCACCGAGCGGCAGGAGCUGUGGGAGCAGGUGCGCCAGCUGCGCAGGGAGAAACAGGCGCUGGAGAAGAAGGCGCAGGAGCAGAGCGGGCGGCUGGCGAGCGCGCUGCGCGACUUGAACGAGGAACGCCAGAUCGGCAAGGCGCUGCUGGCCAAUCAGGAGCAGCGGCAGGCGCAGGCCGCCGCCCUGGAGCAGCGCGGCGCCCACCAGGAGCGCGAACUGGCCGAGCUCAAAGAGCAGGUGCGCGACCUGAUGUUCUUCAUUGAUGCGCAGCAGGCCGUCGAACGGUCUGAGCAUCGCGACGAAAUCGCCCAGGGCUCCGUCACCGUUGCCAGCCCCCCACCGGCAGCCAAAGCGCGAAGGGCGCGCAAAAAAAACGCCAAUGGUACUGGCGAAGACCCGACGGGGCUGGCCAAUCCGCUCAACACCAUCACGAUCAACGAACUGAAGGCGGCGAUGGAACUGUACACACUGUCUCAGAAGCCGGCCAAGACGCCCGAGGAGGCCCUGAAGAAGUCCUACCAGUUCUGGAACACGCAGCCCGUUCCCAAGAUGGACGAGAAGGUGACGGUGAAUGAGGCGAUCGAGCCGGCAUGUGACCCGAARGACAUCAGGCAGGAGCCCUAUUCGCUGCCGGGGGGCUUCAAGUGGGACACCCUGCACUUGGACGAUCCGCUGAUCCUAACCGAGCUCUACACGCUGCUGAAUGAGAACUACGUGGAGGAUGACGACGCGAUGUUCCGCUUCGACUAUCAGCCGGAGUUCCUCAAAUGGGCGUUGCAGCCCCCCGGCUGGAAGAGCGACUGGCACUGCGGGGUCCGUGUGGUCCACAGCGGCCGCCUAGUCGGCUUCAUUUCGGCCAUUCCAGCCACGCUGGACAUUUACAAGAAGCGCCAGCGGAUGGUCGAGAUCAAUUUCCUGUGCGUACACAAAAAGCUGCGAGCCAAGCGAAUGGCCCCGGUGCUGAUCCGGGAAAUUACGCGGCGCGUCAACCUCACGGGGGUUUUCCAAGCGGUCUACACUGCGGGCAUUGUGAUCCCCAAGCCGGUGUCCACCUGCACCUACUGGCACCGAUCGCUGAACCCCCGGAAGCUCAUUGAGGUCAAGUUCUCCUACUUGUCGCGGAACAUGACCAUGCAGCGCACCUUGAAGCUGUACAAGCUGCCGGACGCGCCCGCCACCCCCGGGUUCCACAAGCUGCGCCCCCAGGACGUCGAUGGGGCCCACCGGCUGCUCAACCAGUACUUGGGGCGCUUUGAGAUGGCGCCCCACUUCAGCAAGGAGGACUUUGUGCAUUGGUUCACGCCGCGCCCCAAUAUAAUCGAGAGCUUCGUCGUGGAGACCGGCGGCCAGAUCACUGACUUUGUCAGCUACUACACGCUGCCUAGCAGUGUCAUGCACCAUCCAGUGCACAAGAAUCUCAAGGCGGCCUACAGCUUCUACAACGUCAGCACCCGGACGCCCUGGGUGGCCCUGAUGCAGGACGCGCUGAUCAGCGCCAAGCAGCUGGGCUUCGACGUGUUCAACGCGCUGGAUCUGAUGGACAAUGCGCAGUUCCUGGAGCCCCUGAAGUUCGGCAUCGGCGACGGGAAGCUGCAAUACUACCUCUACAACUGGAAGUGCCCGUCGAUGGCGCCCAACAACGUCGGCCUGGUGCUCCAAUAGGGCGCCCCGCGCCCAUGGACUAGUUCUCACGACACAUGGACGCCGCUGGGGGCCGGGCCCCCAGCUGCGCCCCACUCGCACCAAAUGUUCGGUUUAGAGGUUAAGUUCAAUGUACGGUGUGACAGCUCGGCGGAGUGCACAGGGGCUGGAAUUUGCCGCUCGCCACUGAUGCUUGUGAUUGUGCGUGUUUUGACAGGCAGUUUUCCACAAAUAUACAGAAAUUUUAAAUUAA